AUGCAAGAAGAUGUGGGUAUUAUGAAGGAAAUGGGACUAGAUGUGUACAGGUUAUCGAUCUCAUGGUCCAGGAUAUUGCCCAUGGGUAGGAUAAGUGGGGGCGUGAACCAGAAGGGAGUUCAAUACUACAACAACCUCCUCAACGAGCUCCUAGCCAACGGUAUCCAACCCUUUGUGACGCUAUUUCACUGGGAUCUUCGUCAAGCCUUGGAGGAUGAGUAUGGCGGAUUCUUGAGUCCCCUCAUCGCGGGUGAUUUUCGAGACCACACCGAGCUUUGCUUCAAAGAAUUUGGUGACCGGGUGAAGCAUUGGAUCACAUUAAACGAACCGUGGUCUUACAGUGUUAUAGGCUAUGCAAUGGGACUGUCGGCACCGGGCAGAAGCUCUGAAUGGCAGCACCUGAACUGCACUGGUGGAGACUCAAGCACGGAGCCAUACUUGGUUGCCCACAACCAGAUUCUUGCUCAUGCAACUGCUGCUAAAUUGUAUAGGGAAACAUAUCAGUCUCUAAAAGGAAAGAUUGGGAUAGCACUGAAUUCCCAUUGGAUGGUACCAUAUUCAAGUGCGAGGCACGAUCGCAAUGCCGCACUUCGGGCCCUAGAUUUCAUGUUGGGAUGGUUAGUAAGUAUGCGUUAAUUGUUCUUCAAUGAUGUCAAUAUAUAUUACCAUUUAUUAUCAACUGAUUACUAAAUGAUUAUGAUUGACUACAUCGACAUUAUUUUUUUGUCGGUAGUUAAAUCUACAUAUAUUAUUUUUUAUACUGAAUUUGCAUAGUAUGCCUUCGGCAACGGCAGGUUCAUGAACCCGAUAAUGAAGGGAGACUAUCCGCAUGUAAUGCAUUCUUUAGUUGGAAGCAGGCUGCCAAAGUUCUCCAAGGAGCAAUCCGCAAUGUUAAAGGGAUCUUUUGAUUUUGUCGGCUACUAUACCGCUAACUACGCACGUUAUGCCCCUCGUUCAGAUGGACAUCAUGCUAGCUACCUAACCGAUGCCCGUGCCAAUCUUUCGGUUGAUCGCAACGGGGUUCGCAUUGGUCCUAAGAUUGCUUCAGAAUGGCUUUCCAUUUAUCCUGGAGGGCUACGAGAUCUUCUGUAAUAUAUAAAGGAAAAGUAUGGAAAUCCUCUCAUUUACAUUACAGAAAACGGGAUCGACGAGUAUGACAACUCAACGUUGCCUCUAGAGCAACAACUUGCUGACAAUAAAGGGAUUGAGUACUUCUAUCGCCAUCUUUCUUAUCUUCGACGAGCAAUUGUUGAUGGAGUGAAUGUAAAGGGUUAUUUCGCGUGGUCACUGCUGGACAACUUCGAGUGGAACUCCGGUUACACGAUCAGAUUUGGCAUCAACUAUGUGGAUUAUCAAAACAGACCGAAGAAGCACCCGAAACACUCAGCCAUCUGGUUCAAGGCCUUUCUGAGAAACCAGUGACAAACAGACCGAAGUAACGUUCUAGUUGUCGGCAUCAAUGUUGAACUACUUUUGCUCUACAUACUCUAGCUUCCUUCCUUCUUUUUUUUUUUUUUGUGAGCAGAUGCUUCUUUGCUGUCGCUUUCCGAAAAUACGGGAGUACUUUCAUGGGCAGGAGAGAGAUUUCGAAUCGUUCCAGCUCUUUUACAACUUCUCUACUCUGGGAAAUCUUCUUGGACCUGAUCAUGGGCGACACUAAAACAUUUGAUGGAAUAUGAAUCGGUCUCAUAUAUACAUUUUACUUUUAGACAUCGUUGUAUGCUUUACGCAUAAAAGCUAGCAUUGAGUCGAACUUGAACAUGUUAUGGUUGUGAAGAAUUUCUUUCUACUUAGUGAAGUAUGAAUAUCAUGGAUGAUAUUCAUAUGCAUGCCCGG